AUGACAGAGUCGGCUGACCACAAGGAAUGUUCAGAAUCCGCCCAAGAGGAGACUAGUAAUAAUAAGGUAAUGGUGGAGGGGUCAGGGGAGCAUCGGGAGCGCGGUGAGGAUGCCGCCACUGGGCCAAGAAAUGAUGGAGAGCGCGGUGAACAAGCUGCCACUGGGGAAGACAAGGAACAUGGUGAAGACUCUGCCGCUGGGUCCAGGAAAGAUAGGGAACAAGGUCAAGAUACUAAAGAGGACUCAGACCCAGACCGUCCAAAGGGAAUUACCGGUUAUCUUUUAGAUACAGACUUUGUUGAAAGUCUACCUGUGAAAGUUAAAUACCGUGUGUUAACGUUCAAAAAGCUUCAAACUAUAGUAGCCAAUCUAGAAUCCAAAUUCCUGAAGGAAUUUCAUGAUAUUGAAAGAAGGUUUGCUGAAAUUUAUCAACCCUUAUUGGAAAAGAGACGUCAAAUAAUCAAUGCAAUUUAUGAACCUACAAAAGAGGAAUGUGAAUGUAGAGUGGACUCUGAGGAUUACGAUGAUGAGGAAAUGUAUGAUGAGGAAGUUACCUAUGAUAAUGAGGGGGGUCUAGUACAUGAGUACAUGGAUGAGGAUGAUGGCUAUGAGUACCAUUAUUAUGAUUAUGCUGUUGAGGAGGAGGAGGAGGAGGAGGAGGAGGAGGAGGAGGACAUGGAGGGAACUGGAGAAGGAAACAAAGAUGAUCCUAAAUGAAUUCCUGAUUUUUGGCUUUUAAAAAACAUUGACACCCUCACUUCUUUCAUUAAGAAAUAUGAUGAACCUAUUUUAAAGCUCUUGACAGAUGUUAAAGUGAAGUUUUCAGGUUCAGGUGAGCCUCUCAGCUUCACACUAGAAUUUCACUUCAAACCCAAUGCGUAUUUCAAAAAUAAGGUGCUGACAAAGACCUAUGUGCUGAAGUCAAGGCUAUGAUAUUAUGAUCCCCAUCCCUACAGGGGAACUGUGAUUGAAUACUGCACAAGCUGUGAGAUAGAUUGGAAUGAAGGAAAUAAUGUCACUUUGAAAACCGUCAAGAAAAAGCAGAAACACCAGAUCUGGGGAACAAUCUGAACUGUGACUGAAGAUUUUCCCAAGGAGUCAUUCUUCAAUUUCUUUACUUCUCAUGGAAGUGGCUCAAAUAGAAGACAUGGAAAUGAUGAUUUUUUUCUUGGUCACGAUUUUCAUACUUACAUUAUCCCAAGAUCAGUGUCGUUUUUCUUAGGUGAUGCACUUGAAUCUCAGCAGGGGGGAGUAGUUAGGGAAGUGAAGGAUGCUAUUUAUGAUGAAAUUAUUUAUGAUAAUUGGAUGGUUGCAAUUGAGGAGGUUAAAGCCUGUUGCAAAAAUCUCGAGGCAAUAGUAGAAUAUAUUGAUCACUAAAGUUAAGUGUAUAUGGCCCUGAAAUUAAUUGCCCUUGAUCUUGUUACUUAAGAAAUAAGAAGUUAA